UUAGGAUGUUCUGUUUGAGGCCAGCAGCCCAGAGAGGUAUUGAUCAGGCCUCCUGAACCGUGUAGCGCCUUGUGUGUUGACUGAGCAGGGUCCAGAGGAGAGCAGGCCAGGACACGAUGUGUAUUGCCCGGGCCUGGAGCCUGGCUCUGGCUCUGUUGGUUUCACCCUUGGAGACGUGGAGUACUACAGCAGAGCCUGAGCAGGUGCAAGAACCGCAGGGUGGCGGCCCCCCGGGGCCCGGUGGGGCGGGGCCCGUGCUGCGUCUGGCUGGCCGGGGGGCGGGCCGCUGCUCGGGGCGGGUGGAGGUCCUUGCGGGGGGGUCCUGGCGGUCGGUGGAUCCGCACAGUCUGGAUCAGGACGACCGGCUGGUGGUCUGUAGGGCACUGGGCUGCGGCUUCUACGCGGAGCAUUUCUCCAAGCCGCGUCCGACCGCCUCUGGUCCCGUCUGGUCCGUCAAGUUCAGCUGCCACGGCAACGCCAGCAGCCACGCCGACUGUCCCGCGCCCCUGCCCAGCAACACGUCGGCCCGGGACCAGCAGGCUCUGUACCUCGGCUGCACCGAUCGUCUGGCGGAGCCGUUCAUCAGCCUGACCUCCACCUCCACCUCCACCUCCACCUCGGAGAGCGACAGCAGCAGUGCUCCCAAUGUGCUCGGAGGCCACGCCUUCCUCAUCUCCUGCUUCAUCAGCACUGCGUACACCGUCAAAACCUUCCGUCUGCAGGCCUGGGGCGAGCGGUUCCUGCCCGCCGUGAACCGCUCCGCCCACUUCCUGUUCCCGGCCGCGGACCAGAGCCACCGGGGGGUCUACAGAUGUUCCUACAGCGUGGAGGAGGCCCCCGGCCUCUUCCACCAUGCUGCGUCCCUCACCAUACUCGCUGUGGAGGAGCCGCGUGACGUGCGGCUGGUGGGCGGCGCCAGCGGCUGUGAGGGCGACCUGCAGGUGAGGCACCAGGGCCAGUGGCGGCCGGUCGUCCACGGGAGCGGGCGCGGGGGCUGGCGUGGGAGCGUGGGCGGCGUGGUGUGCCGGCAGCUGGGCUGCGGUGCGCUUGUGGCCGUGGAACGGGCCCCGGCGAGCCCCUGGCCGGGGCGCCCGCGGCCCGCCUGGCGCUUCCUGUCCGACUGCGGCGGGGAAGAGGCAGCGCUGACGGACUGCGGUGUCGUACGACCGCUGCACACCGCAGACCCCCCCGCCCAGGUGGUCUGCUCAGACAUCCUGGUGAGCCCCAACAUCUCCGUGUCCUCCAUGAUGGACCCCUGGCGCCAGGGCCGGGACGGGACGCCCUCGGUGCUGAAGGGCCACAGCUUCACCGUCACCUGCUCCGUCCGGCCCAGGUACCCCGGAGGGUCCCUGCGCCUGCUCUUCAGCGGCGCCAACGGCACCGCCCUCAGCGAGCCCACCGUGAACAGAACCGCCCACUUCCGGUUUCCCGCUGCCGUCUCCGCCCAGCAGGGGAACUACACCUGUGUGUACCGGGUCACGCACCGCUCCAGGCUGUUCACCUCCAGGAGCUCCGUCCUCUCCAUCUCCAUCUGGAAACACUACGAGGAGGUGAUGCUGGUGUGGGGCUCGUCUCCGUGCGACGGCCGGCUCAUGGUCAACGUCCAGGACGAGUGGGAGAUGCUGGCGAGUGAGUCGGCGGGCUGGGGCCUGCAGCACGCCACCGUCGUGUGCCGACAGCUCCGCUGCGGUGCGGCGGUCUCCACGCGCCGGGUGGUCGGGCGCCAGCGCACACGCUCCGUGCGCUACUUCUCAGACUGCCAGGGGUCGGAGGGCGCGCUGCUCGACUGUCGCACCGUGAUCCCCUGGCCUUCCGACAGCAGCGUGGAGGUCGUCUGUGAGGCCCGCCAGAGGGAGAAGAGUGAGGAUGACUACAGCAGUGAGGACCAGUAAGUCUCUCCUCGGAUCUACAGCACAUCAUCUCGUUCCCUCGCUACCAGGAGCAAGUUGGCAUUUGAAGAGAAACGUAGGAGACUGUAUAUGUACAAUAGAAAUACUUUUAAUUGGAUGUUCAGCACAGGCAUCGUUGACAACAAAAUUAAAAAAAGAUUGAAUCUUU